AUUUUCGCAGAUUUGGAAGGUCCGCGGAACAAGGCAAGAGAGCGCCAUUCGCCAAUUGCUGCUGCCACCAUGAGAAACAGGGCUACAACGCCUUUGAGCAAGGCUAAAAUCCGACAAUCAUGGAGCAAGUACAACUUGUAUAACCUGUCCCGAUUUCGCGCGCCACCCACUGCAAACAAAACAUUUUUCCAGCAAAAAUGGGCCGCCAAGUCGAUAGCUCGCGCAUAUCAUGGUGAGCAAGUACGGGAGAGUCAAUGGACUCGCAUGUUCUCUCGCCGUCUCCGCAGCGUGGUCCCGAUUGAUCCCCGUACACUCGCAGAAGACGAUGGAUCUCAAAUUUCUGCCGGCCGUGGCUCUGGUGUUGAGCCUAAAUCUGGCACGCCUGUCGCUAUUCCUGAACGGACGCCAUUCACCCAGAUGACAUUUGCGCCGCUGGAGCGCCGGUUAGAUGUUGCUAUCUUCAGGGCUAUGCUUGCAAGCAGUACCAGACAGGCCCGGCAAUUUGUUGUACAUGGUGCGGUGACCGUAAACGGAAAAAAGAUGCGACUUCCGGGUUAUCUUCUGAACCCUGGUGACCUCUUCCAAGUCGAACCUGAACGUGUCAUGUACGCCACUGGAGCACCAAAGAACAAGGCUGAGCGUCGAGAAGGACGUAUUGCCAAGAAAGAUGCAGCUCAAACCGAGCAGACCGAGAGCGAAGAGCCAGAAAAGGCCGAGGAGCCAGAAAAGACCGAAGAGCCAGAAGCAAAAUCAGAUGAGACGAAGGAAGCGGAAGCCAAGGAAGCACCCAAAGAUACCCUUAAGCAACUUCUCACCAAUGCGAAAACAAUCAUGUCUCGAGAGAAAAGUGUUCUUCCUGCAAAGAAGAAACAGGAGCUGCGCGCAUUCCAGAGAUCUGUCCGCAGUGUGCUUUCUAAAUCUGCUACCAGCACCAUCCUGACCGACAGUCUAGAAUCUCAAUUUCGAGAACUUCUCAUCCAGCUAAAAGGAAAGACGGCCGACUCUACAGUCAAGAGCCGACCAAAGCAGCCCACCGAAACGCAGGCUUCCGAUCCCUCAGAAAAGGAAUCUCCACAGACGGAAGACAGCAGUGUUGUGAGUGCGGAAUUGAAAGAGGCCUUUGAUAAAGCCACAGAGGAUCCCGAAUCCGUCGACGUUUCAGAACUUACUGUAGACGAGAUCAAGAUUCUCAGGCAAGCUCUAGCACAAAUGCGGGAUAACCCGAUUGAUAGUAGCAAGCCUUACGCUACACCCUGGCGGCCUCGUGACUAUAUGAGCGCCUUUGCCUUCAUUCCUCGCUACCUCGAGGUAAACCACAAGAUCUGUGCUGCCGUCUACUUGCGCCAUCCAGUUGCGCGACCAGGCUAUUCAGAAGUUCCUAGCCCGUUUGGGGACAGUGUGCAAACCCCAGCUUUUGCGUGGUAUCUGCGCAGAAGGUGAAAGGCUUUUGGCGCCAUCAUCACUUUUAUCUCUUUUUUAAGCCAUUCUUGACUUCACCUAUGUAUUAUUGGGCCUUUUUCCCCCUUUCCCUCUCUGCUCGUGCAUGGAUUUUCGUCUGAGAUAUCUGCAUAUUGCUGAGCGCUUUCAAGUCUUGUCGCCUUUCCGGAGUUUGGAUCAUAAUUUACGAGGCUCAACUACAGUGUAUAAAAAUGGACAAGGUUAAUGUAAAUGACAUGCAGAGUUAGAAAUCGAGCUUGAAUCACAGCGUGGCCGAAGAGGAGAGUCAUACCAGAGCAGAGAGCAGCACUUGUAUUGCUGUAAUUUUGCGUAGUUUCCACCGUUCCGCCAAGGCUAGUCAAAUUUGCAGGGGCGGCCAGAGCCUGCCAUAGGCCACAAGUAUCCAAUUAUCGGCGGUUUCGGCGGGUUUCGGUAGAUAGUGGACCCACUCUUCCGUAGUCUCGUAAAUUUCACAAUUUUGCCGCGA